AUGUCAUUGCCAAUAGACGAAAGCCCUAUAUUAAAUGAGGACAUUGAAAACGAUGUUACUAGCAGUCGUAGAACUUUGGUACAACCAGAUACAGUUGAGGAAACUACAGGAUGGAUCAAAUGCCGAACUGUGCUUGGCAUUAUGGGCUUCUUAGGAUUUGCCAAUGUAUAUGCAAUGAGGGUGAAUCUAUCAGUAGCUAUUGUGGCUAUGAUUAAUUCAACAGUACCCACACCUACCAAUGAAACAGUAGAUGUGUGUCCAGCCACACCAGCUUCCAAUGAUUCAACACCUACUAGACCAGGUGACUUCAACUGGACGGCUGAACAACAAAGUAUAAUUCUAGGUUCCUUUUUCUAUGGCUAUGUUUUAACACAGGUGCCAGGUGGUAGAAUAGCGGAAAUAUUUGGUGGCAAAUUAGUAUAUGGAAUUGGUGUAUUAUUGACAGCCAUAUUUACUAUUUUAAGUCCAAUAGCUGCAUUUAUAGACUUUAAAUUCUUCAUAGUUGUUCGAGUACUAGAAGGUCUUGGGGAAGGUGUCACUUAUCCAGCUAUGCAUGCAAUGCUGGCUCGGUGGAUACCUCCUCUAGAAAGAUCAAAAUUUGCUGCCUAUGUUUAUGCUGGUUCAAACAUAGGUACGGUAAUAUCACUACCAAUAUCUGGAUGGCUAUGCACUCUUCAGUUUGGAGGAGGUUGGCCUCUAUGCUUCUACCUCUUUGGUGGACUCGGCAUUGUAUGGUUUAUAGCUUGGAUGUUUUUGGUCUAUGAUACACCACAAAGGCAUCCUAGGAUAUGUCCAAAAGAGGUUGAAUAUAUCACAUACUCUAUUGGACCACAGGAAGAAAAAUCCUCUAUGUCAAUACCAUGGUUUAAAUUCCUCACCUGUCUUCCAUUAUGGGCAAUAUUAAUAGCCCAGUGUGGGCAGUCAUGGCUGUUCUAUACUCAGCUAACAGAAUUGCCUACAUAUAUGAAUAAUAUUCUGCAUUUCGAUAUUGUGUCAAACGCGCGCUUAUCAGCGCUGCCGUACUUAACCGCAUGGAUCGCGGGUAUUUUAAUCAGUAUUUUUGCUGACUGGGUGUUAGCCAAGGGCUGGAUCUCGCGUCUUAACAGUAUGAAGCUGUGGAACACUGUUGCGGCCUUUGUCCCCGCUUUCGGUUUGUUGGGCAUCGCAUGGGCUGGCUGCGACAGGAUUGCUGUCAUGCUGCUGCUGAGUAUAACAUCAGCGUUUGGUGGCGCAGUGUAUGCUGGUAAUCAAAUGAACCAUAUGGACCUAUCGCCGCAGUUUGCUGGUACAAUGUAUGGCAUAACGAACGCGGCCAGCAAUAUCUGCGGUUUCAUGGCACCAUAUGUGAUUGGACAAAUCAUCAGCUCUGAUCAGCAAACACUGGGUCAGUGGCGCGAAGUGUUCUACUUAGCAGCCGCCAUCGAUCUUGGCGCGAAUCUCUUCUAUUUGUUCUUUGCCAGUACUGAGGAACAGGAUUGGUCCAGGCCUGAUGAUGAUGACAUGACAGCAUCAGCUCCAGUCGAGAGUAUACUAUUCCCCGAAUCUUAG